AUGGCCGAUCUUCAUCGCCCAAACAGCGCCGUUGCCGCUGACGCACCUGCGGAAAAAGAUACCGCGAAGCAAUUCUCUAUCCCCGACCUUCAAGACAACAGCAUUUACCCCACACUAUGGUACCGAAUACACAUUUUACUAUUCGACCUGGAGAAUUUCAAAGAGCGUACCGACGCAAGUGAACGACUUGAAAGAGUGAAUGAUAUCUCCUACCUUGGAGAGCCAUAUUUUAGCAGCAAAGAGUCAAGCGCCAUAAAAAAUACCACCAUGAACGGCAGGGCUUUGUCAAACAUCAUCCAGGACAAUCUUGAAGAACGACUUCAGCGGCGGAUCAAGAAACGUGUAGAUAGCGGAGACUAUCGUGUUUGUGCUGCUCACGACCUCGCACCGAUACUUGCAACGGCGCUUGGGAUCGACCUGAAGCAGCUUCGGAAGGACGAAGAAUUUACAGACAUCGUCGAGAAAAAUGGUUUAAACUGGGAUGGAAAAUGGAAUGGAUUAGCGAAACGGUCAUUUGCUCUGAAAAAGACGAAGAAGCAUAGGAGAUGA